AAAAUACGUGGUUUAUCGCGUUAUGUGGACACAGCUGUCCGCUGUCUGCUGUCUGCUAGAAGAAAUAACCCAGGCUAGGCUACCAGUGCAGAUCGUUAGCAGUGCUGAGAGCGGAGAUUCGGUCAGUGUAAACUCAGGAGGACAUCAGAGACAGGACGGGAGCGAGUAUUUCACUUCCAGCAAUGCAAACGUCGAGUGUCGCAGCGAGCUAACGACAGGGCUGUCCCGACACACAGGGACUGAUCUUGAUGGCAAACUCGAAGCGACGAUAAAUUAAAGACGAACAAGGAAGGGUUAGCUUAGUUUCAAUGUUAUUGUUAAUUAAAAACACAUAUGGUCACAAUGUCCUACUCUGGCAACCUGGUUUGGGAUGUAAAUAAACGCUUAAUUGGAUACAACGAGCCUAACGCCAUCAGGACCAACUAUUUAGGUAGAAGAGAAUUUGUCCAGAGGCUUAAACUUGAAGGAACACUAAACGUACAUGAUGGCUGUGUCAACACUAUAUCGUGGAAUGAGACAGGUGAAUAUAUCCUGUCAGGGUCAGACGAUACCUUUUUGGUUAUCAGCAAUCCAUACAACAAAAAGGUCAAGAAGUCCAUACGUUCAGGUCAUCGGGCAAACAUCUUCAGCGCUAAGUUCAUGCCCCACACCAACGGUCAGGAGAUCGUCUCCUGCUCCGGAGACGGCAUCAUCUUCUACACCCACACCGAGAAGAGUCCUGAGUACAACAGACAGUGUCAGUUCACCUGCCAUUAUGGAACAGCAUAUGAGAUUAUGACAGUACCGAAUGACCCCUACACGUUUCUGUCAUGUGGGGAGGACGGCACAGUGCGAUGGUUUGACCUUCGCAUGAAGACAAGCUGCACUAAGGAAGACUGCAAAGAUGACAUCUUGAUAAACUGUCGGAGGGCAGCGACCUCUAUAUCCAUUUCUCCCCUCGUGCCGUACUACCUGGCUGUUGGCUGCUCUGACAGCUCGGUGCGCAUCUACGACAGGCGCAUGCUGGGCACCAGAGCGACAGGUAACUACAUGGGCCGGGGGACGACUGGCAUGUGUGUGAGGUUCGUUCCGGCUCACCUGUCCAACAAGUCGUGUCGCGUAACCUCUCUCUGCUACAGCGAGGACGGUCAGGAGGUGCUGGUCAGCUACUCCUCCGAUUACAUCUACCUGUUCGAUCCCAAAGAUGACCAGGCCCGAGAGCUGAAGGGCCCGUCUGAGGAGAGGAGGGAGGAGCUGAGGCAGCCUCCGGUGAAGCGUCUCCGACUACGAGGUGACUGGUCUGACACUGGACCUCGAGCUCGUCCUGAGAGCGAGAGGGAGAGAGAUGGAGAGCAGAGCCCAAAUGUGUCUCUGAUGCAGAGAAUGUCGGACAUGUUGUCCCGCUGGUUUGAGGAGGCCAGCGAAGCUCAGAGCAGCAACAGGGGAAAUCGGCCUCAGACACGACCCAGAGGAACAGCUGUCCGUCCAGAGGGGGCAUCAAGUACUCCAGCUGCCCCUACAGGAGGCUCCAGCCAGGAGUCCAGCCUCCACGAGAGGCCCGUGGGUACCGAUGUCCCAGAGGUACAACCUGAUGCUGCUGCUGCUGCUGCUGCUGCUGCGGCCGCCGCCAUCCCUACAUCUACUCCCUCCUCCUCCUCCUCAGGGUUGUCAUCAACAGUCACAGCACCUCCUCCUUCCAGCUCCUCAUCUGUGGAGAGUUCAGCACCUUCCUUCUCCUCCCCCAUCACCUCCUCACCUGACUCAGAGCAGAGGAGUCAGACCGACACAAUCGGCGCCCCCACGUCCACACCCACGUCAGAACCUGCACUUUCAGAGUACGGUCCACAUCGGCUGCCCAUAAGUUUAGUGUGUAGGCGUUUGCAGAGGUUACUUCGGCUGGCCGACCCACCUGGACGGGGUCAGCGAGCGGCCUCUUCUUCUUCUUCUUCUGCAGAACCUGAGAGACACUCACAAAGAGCUGCUACUGCUGCCGCUGCUGCCGAGACACAGCCCCAUACAGAUUCCCCUUCGUCUGUGGUAAACAAACAGCUGGGAUCCAUGACUCUUGAUGAACAGCAGGGUGCAGCAGAAGCUGCAGGUUCACCUCCUGAUCAACCUUCUUCUGUACCAGUCAGCAGCAGUGCUCCCACCACCUCCACCACAACCAGCACCAGUCGACCCAGUACAGCAGAGCCAGUCCUCAGCCUGCACUACAGCUCAGAGGGGACCACUACCAGCACCAUCAAGCUGGACUUCACUGAUGAGUGGAGCAGUAACACAUCCAGUUCUAUGCACAGUGGAGGCCCCAAAGCAUCGGAGGCAGUGACUGCGCAGAGCAGAGAGAGUCUGUCGACACACAGUUCACUGUCAGAGCAAACCCCCUGUGACUCCUCGGGGCAGCAGAGUUUGUCCACCGCCUCCACAGAGGCACCGUGUGACGCCUCCUGCUCUGGCGCCCUGAGCAGCUCGUCAGCUCAGGCCCCGGCGGAGGGCUCCUCUGACCGGGGCGCCCUGGGUUCUCCACCACUAGAGAGGAGUCAGCCUGAGGGUAUGGAGGACACGUCAGGAGACUGCCGGAGGGCGGAGCCCACAGCGGAGGAGGGAGAGGAGGGACAGAGUCAGCAUGCACGGGGCAACCAGGACUCUGACGACAGCGAUGACGAUCCCAUUCUCAUCCCACCGACGAGGUUCAGAGGACAGGGACAGAGAUUUAAUUCCCGAGGAUCUGCAGUAGGAGAUAGGAUGAUCAGACGAUCGGCAGCCGCUCGUAUCCAGGAGCUGUUUCGCAGGAGGAAAGAGAGAAGGGAGAUGGAGGAGAGCGAAACCCAGAAUAUCAGGAGACCCUCAGUGAAAAUGGUCUAUAAAGGCCACCGCAAUUCCAGGACCAUGAUAAAGGAGUCCUGUUUUUGGGGUAACAAUUUUGUGAUGAGCGGUUCAGAUUGCGGCCACAUCUUCAUCUGGGACAGACACACGGCAGAGCACCUCAUGCUGCUCGAAGCCGACAACCACGUGGUUAACUGCCUGCAGCCGCACCCCUACGACCCCAUCCUGGCUUCUUCAGGGAUAGACUAUGAUAUCAAGAUUUGGUCACCGCUGGAAGAGUCGCCAUCUUUCAACAGAGUACUCGCUAGUGAGGUAAUAACUCGGAACGAGCUGAUGCUAGAGGAAACGAGGAACACAAUCACAGUCCCAGCCUCUUUCAUGCUCCGAAUGUUGGCCUCCCUUAAUCACAUCAGAUCAGAUCGCCUAGAAGGGGAUCGCUCCGAAGGCUCAGGCCAGGAAAAUGAAGACGAGCAGUAGCCUACUGGCUUUUUAUGUCAAAGAAGACGCUAGUUCUUUUUGCUGUAUAGCACUUGGAAAAACACCAGAGAUUUGUACAAGUAUAGUGUAGAAUACUCCCUUUUGAAAACCAGUGUAAUUUCUAGCCCCCCUGUGUUUUUUUUAAAAUGACUUUCUUACUGAUGUUUCUGUAUGAGGAUAAACUACAUCUGUGUGAAUGCAAAAGACAAGGACGUCAGUAUAAAUACAUUUAUUAAGUGUGAACUAAUGGCGGCUGGUGUGCAAGGAUGUUAAGUGCAAUAUUAUUUUGUUAGGAGAAAGUGAACUUUCAUCAGUGUUAAUGUGUGACAUUUUGACUUUGUAGCACAAAGCUAAGAAAUGUUGAUGUGCUGCUCCGGCAGUGACGCAUAGAAAACGAGGAUUUCAAGUAAAAUGUACCUCGAGAAUGCUUUAACUAUGUUGUAGAAGAAGAAGAAGAAGAAACAAAACGGUGUUUCUUCUCCCCAAAGGGAUGUGUCAAUAAAUUAUAAUCUUUUACAGAAUUUGGCAGAAAUAAACAUGUCUGCACUGGGUUCUGGAAGGUGAACGCUUAAGCCGACUGUGCAACAAGCAAACCGAAUUGAAAGUCGCAACAACAAUCUACUUUGCACACAGUUAACUCUAGACAAUAGAGACAAUCCAUCAUUCUGCAGAAACGGACAGCAUCCGUCUUUAGAUACAAAGGUCGAAGCAGAAGUUACUCUGUCAUUAGCUUAGCUUAAGACAAGCUGUGUUGUCUGAAACAAAGUCAGAUGUUUUCUUAAACCCAAUAGCUGUGGCCUCAGCAGCUGCACCUGUAGUUUAGUUGAAACCGAGUUCCUGUCUGCUCCUGACUUAAACGCACUGCAGAUGUGGGCUGACUGAGGUGAUCACAUGUAGUAUAAUGGCAGAUUUCUAAAGCUCAGAUCAUUGUAUUCAUUUAUAAAAUAUAAUGGACAGGUUUAUAGUUUUUUUAAGUCAUGGAAACAGGUUUUGCUCGCUGUAAGACGGACAUGAGAGAUCUUUCACCAUGUUUGAUCUUAUGGAGGCAGGGCUGUUGCAGAUGUUGGAGCUAAUGAUUAGGAUCAGCUCUUGAGUCACAGAGCCGAGAAUCUGUUUUCCCAAGAAAACAACCAAUAACCUCUGGAAAAAUACACUUACUGCAUCUAGAUGAAAAAAACAAACUACAUAUCUAACUGUAAAAUUCUUAGUUUGGUUUACAUUAUAUCAGAUUGUAUGUUGGUAUAGAGGAAAUGAGUUAUGUCUUUUUUGGCUGCCAUAUUUGUUUGGACUAGUAAAGAGAAUAGAAACAGAUUAAUGUCUUUUUUUUUUUAAAUUGUACAGCAGAUACCUUUUCAUCCUGAUGUCUUUAAGGACUCAUGAAAUACUUUAAAAAAACUACAGUGUUUCACUGAUUUAGCACUAUAACAGACAACGAACAGUUCAUGAGAAAGAUCACAAUCGAUGCAGCCAAACCAGAGAUAUUGUCUUUUUUUAUUCCAUGCUUUCUUUUUCCUUGUUAAAACCUGGUGCCUACAUUACCCACAAUGCAAGUCAGCCAUUCAGGUCUGAGAUUGGUGUGGGCUAUGCUAGACUUCAAUGAGUAAAACUGGUAGAUUUCCCCUUUAAAACAGUGGUAACUAUUGUCACAAAACCUUGAUUUUUCAAACAUUACUGGCCAUUGGACUUGAUCUGAAUAAAAUGGUAACACACAAGAAGCUUGUCAAAUACAAAGUGCAACAGGAACAGCUCCACUUGUUUUAUUAGCCAAAGUAAAGACACUAACAUGGUACUGCUUAACCUCCACUCACAGAAUCAUGACGUACAAAGAAAAAGAAAAAAUAAAUAAAAAAAAAUGGUUCAGAAAUGUUUAUGUAAAAAGUUUUAAUAAAAGAAUCUUGAUACAAAACUUUAA